AUGCUCGCCCGCUUGUCUGCGCUUGUGGUUGCGCUGGGCCCGCUCCUUGCGCUGCCUACUCUCGUUUCUGGUCAGUGCACUACCCCGGGCCUGAUUCAAUGCGUUUCGUCUGGACAAUCCCCAGACUAUGAGCUGUGCACCGCCGGUGGUAACUGGAUUGCGAUGCAGUGUGGCCCCUUGACCGUAUGCCAGACCAUACAGCAAACAAUCGCUUGUGUUUUGGCAUCAAGUGUCAACACCAAUACCAAUACCAACACCAACACCAACACUGGGCCCUCAAGCUCGACCGGCUUUGCCUAUCGCUCGGCACCAAACUACGGAAACGGCAAGAACGUCGGAAUCGUGGCGUACUGGCCGAAUUGGGCCCAGUACACCCGACCCGAGCAUAAUCCUGAUGUCCUCGAUCUGUCCAAGGUCAGCGUCGUCAACUACGCUUUCCUCAACGUCAACAAGGACGGCACCCUCCAGAGCUUUGAUGCAUGGGCCGAUUUUGGUGGCUCCAGCCCCAAUCCCCCAUUCGCCCUCGACCCUUGGUCUGGACACAAAGGCAUCUACAAUCUCAACUACGUUGCUCGCGAAAAGUACCCGAACCUUCGCACUGUCAUCUCUGUGGGCGGCUGGUCGGGCUCAGUGCAUUUCUCGGACAUGGCUUCAAGCGAUGCAUCGAUCGCCACGUUCGUGACCUCCAUCAAGAGCUUCAUGGACCAAUUUCAGUUUGACGGCGUCGAUCUGGACUGGGAAUAUCCGGCUGGUGGAGGAUUGCCGUGCAAUACCCAUCGCCCCGAGGAUCCAGCCAACUUUGUCAAGCUUGUCAAGGCGCUCAGACAGGCGCUUGGCAAAGACCGUAUCAUUUCAAUGGCAUCGUCCGGCGUCGUGUCCCACUAUGUCUACAACAACCAUAACUAUCUCAAGGACAUCGUGGCUGAGCUGAGCUAUAUGCAAGUCAUGGUCUACGAUCUCUAUGGAUCUUGGGUUCCCUACGCCGACUUCAACGCACCGCUCAACAAUCCCGGACCCUCGGAUCCCCAGCGACCAUCAGCGAACUACCAGUUCGGCACCCAGCUCUCGAUCGCCUCAAGCAUGACCGACCUGGUCAAUCUUGGAAUUGCCAAGAAGAGCAUCGUCGGAGGAUUGUCCUUUUUGUCCGCUGCGGGCUCGACCAAUGGGCUCUUCCAGCUCUGCAAGCUCCCAAACGGCCAGACACAGGACCCAAACCAUCCGCAAGUCUGCCCACCCAUCACUGGCGAUGCCCUUGAUGCGAUUUGGACCGACCCUUGUGGCUCGUCGAGUGUCACCGGAGUGUGGAUGUACUACAAUCUUCGCAAGCAGCAAGUCCUCACGGCUCCGACAACGCCUGCCGCGGGCUGGAGCCGCCAUUAUUGGAACUUUGCCCAGUCGUCAACACUCUUCGAUGGCACCCGAUUCAUCGCAUAUGAUGAUACCACGUCGAUCCAGGCCAAGUCGCAGUACUACAUGUCCGGCGGCUUUGGUGGAGUCAUGAUCUGGGAAAUCAGCGAGGACUACCAGAACGAGCUGCUUAACAGCAUCACCAGCGUAUGUCGGCUGCACAUGCCCGCCUUUGGCUCGUAG